AUGGAGAUACUACUUUUAAAUCAGAAAGCAAGGUUCAACCCGUAUGGCAGACCUUCUCCGUGUUCUCUCAGGGGAGCCAUAAACGCAUAUGAAAUGCAGGAACUGAAAUGGGUUAUUAAGGCAUCAAUUACGUCCUAUGAAUGUGAGCUUUGGCAACAUGAAGAUGACAAAGAUGCAUGGAUGGUAUUCACUAUGGAUCUCGACCUUCCCAUCAGUACAGAGAGUGGAACAUAUGGCUGUAUGGACACUACAAUGGCAGAUGACGAGGCCUGGUGGUACCAGUACCAGUCACCGAAAAAAAGAAAACUUGUCCGCGGGUUGCACGCAUGUGUAAACAAGUAUAUCGAUCAUCACUGUGAGAUCAGGCAUGCCGGUACUGAACAAUUACGCAAACACAUGUACAUUGCACUCCAAAGUGCAUUGCUGGAUGUGGAUGUUGACGAGAUCAUGCUCUCUGAAGCCAGUUCAGAUGAAGCCCAAGUCGGGAAACACAGUGGGUUUCAACAGGACUGCCUCACCUCACUCAUGGUCACACAACGAAUCCUCAACGGAAUCAAUUAUAUCAUCCCCCACGGAGUGAAAUGA